AUGGAGGGUAAGCCUGAUCGAAUUUCUAUUGUUGCCUUGACCGCCGCCAAUCGCACACAGCCCCGGUGACGGCGGCUGCAAAAUGCACACAGGGCUGACUUGAUUGCGAUAUACAGAAGAGGUUGCCGCAUUGGUCAUUGACAAUGGGUAAGAAACAUCCUAAUGCGCUGGCAUGCUGUCCGAUUCAGCUCCUCCUCCGCCUCGACGUCACCCGCACAUGCCCCGAAUUCAUCGAAAUGAAAUACAUGAGCAGGAAUGAAACACUUGGAGAUAGGACAAGAGCUGACUCAGAUGCAGCUCUGGUAUGUGCAAGGCUGGUUUCGCCGGUGACGAUGCGCCGCGCGCUGUCUUCCGUGAGUUCUCCUGCUUUCAAAAUGCGGCAUUGGGAGCCUGCUAACGCUGGCACAGCAUCCAUUGUCGGUCGACCACGUCACCAUGGGUAUGAGUUCCAUCAAUUCCGAGCAAAGACAGCACAUUCUGACAAGAGCGCAGUAUCAUGAUUGGCAUGGGUCAGAAGGACUCCUACGUCGGAGACGAGGCACAGAGCAAGCGUGGUAUCCUGACCCUCAGAUACCCCAUCGAGCACGGUGUUGUCACCAACUGGGACGACAUGGAGAAGAUCUGGCAUCACACUUUCUACAACGAGCUCCGUGUCGCUCCUGAGGAGCACCCCGUCCUGCUCACGGAGGCUCCCAUCAACCCGAAGAGCAACCGUGAGAAGAUGACCCAGAUCGUCUUCGAGACCUUCAACGCGCCCGCCUUCUACGUCUCCAUCCAGGCCGUCCUCUCUCUGUACGCUUCCGGUCGUACCACCGGUAUCGUGCUCGACUCCGGUGACGGUGUCACCCACGUUGUCCCAAUUUACGAGGGUUUCGCUCUUCCCCACGCCAUCUCCCGUGUCGACAUGGCCGGUCGUGACUUGACCGACUACCUCAUGAAGAUCUUGGCCGAGCGUGGUUACACUUUCUCCACCACCGCCGAGCGUGAAAUCGUCCGUGACAUCAAGGAGAAGCUCUGCUAUGUCGCUCUCGACUUCGAGCAGGAGAUCCAGACCGCCAGCCAGAGCUCUUCCCUUGAGAAGUCCUACGAGCUUCCUGACGGCCAGGUCAUCACCAUUGGCAACGAGCGUUUCAGGGCCCCAGAGGCUCUCUUCCAGCCAUCCGUCCUCGGUCUCGAAUCCGGCGGUAUCCACGUCACCACCUUCAACUCCAUCAUGAAGUGCGAUGUCGACGUUCGUAAGGAUCUCUACGGAAACAUCGUCAUGGUAAGCUCUCUCCAUACACCUUCCAAAGACUGCUCAAGCUAACUUUCCCACAGUCUGGUGGUACCACCAUGUACCCAGGUAUCAGCGACCGCAUGCAAAAGGAAAUCACCGCUCUCGCCCCAUCCAGCAUGAAGGUCAAGAUCAUCGCCCCACCAGAGCGCAAGUACUCCGUGUGGAUCGGUGGUUCCAUUCUCGCCUCGCUCUCGACCUUCCAGCAGAUGUGGAUCUCAAAGCAGGAGUACGACGAGUCUGGACCAUCCAUCGUCCACCGCAAGUGCUUCUAA